AUGGCGCCGGUCUUCAAUAUUGUUUUGUUCUCUCUAGCUUUGACCAAGGGAGUGGCCGCGUGGGGCUCACUUGGUCAUGCAACUGUCGCGUAUGUCGCACAGAAUUACCUCACUUCUGACACCGCCGCAUGGGCCCAAGGAGUCCUCAAUGAUACGACGAGCUCAUACCUCGCGAAUAUCGCCUCCUGGGCAGAUCAGUACCGCGCCACCACCGCUGGGAAAUGGUCCGCACCCUUCCACUUCAUCGACGCAGAAGAUGACCCACCAACCACCUGCGAUGUGGAUUAUGAUCGUGACUGUGGAGACUCCGGUUGUUCCAUCUCUGCGAUAUUAAACUACACGCAGCGCGUCAGUGAUGGGCGACUAACCGCCGAUCACACAGAAGAGGCACUGAAGUUCCUUGUACACAUCAUCGGUGACCUGACACAGCCGCUACAUGAUGAGGCUUACGAGGUCGGUGGAAAUGAUAUUGCGGUAACAUUUAAUGGCUACAGUGAUAACCUGCAUUCGGACUGGGAUACAUAUAUGCCUGAGCAGUUGAUUGGAGGUUACUCGCUUUCUGAUGCGCAGUCCUGGGCUGAUACCUUGGUUGGGGAUAUUACCUCAGGCAUUUACCAAUCCGUGGCCGCGAGCUGGAUUGACGGUGAUACAACCAGUGAUCCUGUGACAACUGCCACGCGAUGGGCCUCGGAUGCGAAUGCAUUUGUUUGUACUGUGGUCAUGCCGAAUGGCAGUGCAGCAUUGCAGACAGGAGAUCUCUAUCCGGAUUAUUACAAUUCUGUGAUUGGCACUAUUGAAUUGCAGAUUGCUAAGGGAGGUUAUCGAUUGGGCAAUUGGCUGAACUUGAUUUAUACCUCCGGUAUUGCUAAGCGUGAGUUGAACGCCGAGGACCAAUUACAGAACCCCGAUACGAAUACAGUACCUCAGCCUGACCUGCUUGAUCGCGAGAUCCCUUCUGCGCCGCAUUCGUUGAGCCGAGCUCAGCUGGCGAGAGAGGCUAUGGGAGGAUCUUGUUGCACCUCGGGCAAGCGAGAGUACGCGCAUUGA